AUGAAGAAGAAGAAACCCAAAAAAUCCCCAGCCAAGACUCCACCGAAAUCACCACCGCAGGCUUCGCGGGAUUCUCCUCCGGUGAAGUCAACCUCGGAAAAUCAUGUCGAGCCCCUCUCUGAUUCAAAGAUUGUUUCUGAUGCCCAAAUCGGCUCCUCUGCCGCCGUGGAUGCUCAACAAUCAAUUGAAUCCUCAGAUUCAGGUUCCGACCUCAACGUCAACCUGUCCUCCGAGACAGAGAUCGCUGCUCCGGUGGCAGAUCCAUCUCCAGCACGCGUUGAUAGUGAAGGUAUUAACCUAGAGUCGAGCUCCGGUGCCUUAGCCCUCAGCUCCUCUGUUGUAAUGGUGGAAAAGGAACCCUGCGUUGCAGCUGAACCUUCCCAAACGGACACCAUGACUAUAGCAAACGCUGAAGCCAAGCUGCAAACCUCGAGCUCGCGUGAUGCUGAAAUGGCACCCCCUUUGGCUACUCAAGCUAAUGGAGGUUCAGAGCAACAGGUGGUGAACAAGACUGCUCCAAGUGAUGCAAAAACCUCCCCACCUAUAAACAGCUCUCCUCAAAUCAACCUUCCUGCUCUCACUGUCAAAGCUCCGGAAGACACCUGGUGCGCACACGCGAAGGGUAAGCGACUCUCGAGGAAAGGUGAAGCGUUUACGCUGCCGUCGGGAGAAGCAUGUAUAAUGAUUCCGAACUCUGUAAUAGAGAAAAACCGGAAAUCAUGGGAGCCUUUUGUGUUGGGCCAAUUCUACUCGGAUCCCCCAUCACAAGGUACGCUCCACAACAUAGUUAACGGAAUAUGGAGCAAGAACUACAGAGACAUAGCGGUGUCGAAAAUGGAAGGCUUUGCGUUCUUGUUCAGAAUUCCAAACGCAGCUACACGUCACAGGGUCAUCACUCAGCGUCUCUGGCAGAUCGAGGGUCAAACGAUGUUUGUUGACAAAUGGGAACCGGGAGUGGUGCCUUCAAAACCAGAGCUCACAUCAGCUCCUAUUUGGUUGGAGCUCAGAAAUGUUCCUCUCCAGUUCUUUAACGAGGACGGUCUUGAAAGAAUUGCAGGCCUCGUAGGACAGCCGAAGUUCUUGCAUCCAACGACAGCAAACAAGACGAAUCUUGAGGUUGCUAAGGUCUUCACAAUAAUUGAUCCACGGAAACCUCUCCCGGAAGCUGUUAAUGUCCAGUUUCAGUCAGGUGCAGUCAGCAGAGUAUUGGUCUCUAGUCCUAAUUGGAUGCCGCCUGUCUGUGGUAUCUGCAAGGAGGUUGGUCAUGUCUCCAAGCGCUGCCCAUCAGCGACCAAAACCUGUGCUCUUUGUAAAGCUGAAGGUCACGCUACUGAAAACUGCCCCAAGUAGCAGAGAAGUGACUCUAAAGGCAGGAAAACAAGAAGGGGAAGAUCGAAAGAGAAGCAGGUGUGGAGGGAGGUUGAGCCUGUAGGCGCCAUUAACUCUGAGCCUACGGCAGUUCAAGCUAGCUCCAGUGUUGCUCCUCAGACAGAAGUGGUUCAAACAGAGGUCUCGAUGAACUCCAAACUUGGCACAGAAAAAGACAAGGUAGUGGGGGAAUCAAGCUCCAAGCCAGCUACUAAGUCUGCAAGGUCCACAAGGUCGGCGAGUCGUUCUGGCAACUCAGCUUCUUCUAAGUCUGAUAUUCAACCUGACUCCUCAGACGUGGAAUCUUCGGCCUCCGAGUUAGAGGAAGGAGAGUUUAAUAUGCAUGA